AUGAUGCGAGUAUCGUUACUUUCGAUGCUCAUCCUGUUCGCAUCUCUCUCAAGGACCGAGUCUCGGGGCGCCCUCAGUCGGCGACAGAGAGGAGCCGGAGGCGCCAGUCCGACAUUUGAAAUCACUUCGCAGGCCGCCAAGGCUCAAGCUCAGCUCGCGCAGCGUAGAGCAUUGGCGGCUCAGCGGGCAGGGCUCGGAGGCAAGGUCAAAGUUGUGCCGAUGACGGCUGAGAUCGAAGGAUUCGCAAUCCAAUUUAAAGUGUCUGGAUCCGAUGAGGAUCUCCAACCGGCAGCCAAGGCCGGAGCGCUCAUCCGGGCCUCCGCCGAACAAGCCACUGCUGACAGCUCGGGAGGAAAAGGGAUCAAUCUCGUGCUUCAUGGAGAUGGAGGCCAAUCCUUCUUCGACUUUCCAAACAAAGGCGAGCACGAAGGCUUGCUGGGCGUCGUCGCUCUGGCUCCAAAUGACAAGAUGUUUUGGGGCGGGGGCGCCGGAAACAGGCGUACCGAUGGCGAGUUACAUUCAGGAUUGCUGGAUGCACUGAUUAGAAAGGUACUCCCCCAGGUAAUCAAAAUGGACCCAACCAAAGUAUUUUUCAUGGGAAUUAGCGGAGGAAGUUUUCUAUUGAGUGGUUUUUUCUUGCCACUUUUUGCUGAGAAGUACAACAGCGGUGCGAUCCUUGGAUGUGGCGGCCUUGCGCCGAAGGUGAAACCAUCGGUAAAUUUCGGGAAAACCCUGGGCACCAUGCGAAUACAUUUCCAAACUUCUGCGCGGGAGCAGGACGGCAUUCAAGUGACGAUUCCUCAGGCAAUUGUGAGCUAUGUUGGCCUCGCUGCGAAGGCUGGCGUGGAUAAGGAGACGCUAGGGAAGAAACUUACGGCGGACGCAACGCCCAAAGGAACCCAUUGUGUUUUCGAUGGGAAAGGUUUUGUUAGCGGGAUCCAGCUGUUAGCUGAUGACUAUAUCAUCCUCGGAGAUGGAGAUGCAAAAGGCCUUGGGAAAGUUUCAACAAGCGUAUUGGAGAAUGACCAAAAAUUUGCGUCCGGUCGACCUUUAACAAAAUUGACAAGGUGA